AUGGUUCGCGCGUCUGUGCAGUUCGCUAACAGUCAGAGAGUCUACUAUCCAGGCCAGAAGAUGGAUGGAAAAGUUAUUCUGGAACUGGAUGAAUCAAUUCGGUCGAGGAAGGUUUCCUUGACAUUCGUGGGAUUUGCCUUUGCAGCGGUAGUAGAACAAAAAAUUACGAGGUGGGAAAAAGGAUACUAUCUCAACCACAAUAUGACAUUGUGGAGUGCUCCACCAGGUCAAGACACUCUACCAUCCGGUACCCAUCAGUAUCCUUUCUCGUUCCAGUUGCCCGAACAUCUGCCAGCAUCGUUCGAGUUUGGCAGUCAGACACGUAGUUUCAUUCGCUAUUGGUUAGCUGUGAGAGUGGACCGGCCGAUGCGUUUCGAUUUUAAGGGUCAAGUGCCGUUUGUUAUCUUGGAAUGCAUUAACAUUAACCAUCCCUCUCUCCUCCGCUCGAUGAGAAGCGAGAAUGACAAGGAGUUGUGCUGCUGUUGCUGCGCGUCCGACCCCAUAACUCUAGCGGGUAGUGUUGAUCGGAUGGGUUACUGCUCUGGUGAGACGAUCAAGAUAUCAGCAGUAGUGGACAAUCACAGUGAUUCACAGCUAAACGGCCUGAGAGUCCGACUCAUGUGCGUUAUUUCUCUUUUUCCAAACACCAGAAAAGUUAGACGCAAUCUAUUCAUAUACAGAGAGACAAAAACAGAGAGAGUUAUUCCACCAGGAAAACGCGAGGAGUGGAGCAAUACAACAAUCAAGAUUCCUCGUCUGCCUGCUACUCUAAACACUUGCAGAGUGUUGGCUCGUGAUUACUACGUGGAAGUAGCAGUCAUCAUUCCCGGAGGA